CGAGCGAGACAGAGAGAGAAGAGAAGGAGAGAGAUGGAGGUUGAAGGAUCAUCGAAGAAGAUGAUAGCAACGCAGGAGGAGAUGGUGCAAGCUAGGGUUCCUCUAGCAUACAGAGACCAAUGUGCCCACCUCCUGAUUCCUCUCAACAAAUGUAGGGUUGCGGAAUUCUACCUCCCAUGGAAGUGCGAGGACGAGCGUCACGUCUAUGAGAAAUGCGAGUACGAGCUCGUUAUGGAGAGGAUGUUGAAGAUGCAGAAAAUCAGGGAAGAACAAGAGAAGUUGAAGCAGCAUCAGAAGCAGGGGAUCCCUCUGAUUCCCAAAACUGCCAAUGCCUGACCGGAAAUCCAGGACAUGCAGUGUGCAUCGAAGGAGACUCUGGUGUUUGUUGCCACCAUUUAUAGCUUUGUACUAUUUGUUUUGCAGACAAAAACUAUGCAGAUUUCUUGCACUGCUGUUAUUAUUUUCUUCUGCUACUCUCAGUUUGGUGGUGGGAAUAAAAGAAGAUCCUCACUAAUGGAAAUAUUGUGUUU